AUUCCAGCAUGAGCUGCGCAGUGGCUGCGCAUCACCGCAUCAGUAGAGAGAGCUGCGCCGCGACGCGAUCUGCGAAGGUGCUGGACUCUGGAGCGCCACCUGGCGUCGCCAAGUUUUGCACUCUAGAGUCUAGAUUUUUAUUGUGUAUUGUCUCUGCAGUCUGCAUGGCUUUGCUUAGCUGUGUAGAUAAGGAAGGUAGUUUUUUGUUGAGUCGGGAGUGUGAAUCUAUAAAUACAGGUUAGGUCGCACAACAAACGAGCCACUUGACGAGUUGACUCGACGGCUCGACGCCCAUCAGCAGGUUAUAUGAGCACUGAGCAGUAUUAGACAUUAGUCCGUCUAACGGGGUGUCGUAGAUGCAGCCGAAAUAAUGCUCAUUACCACUUGAUUUUUCAUCGACAAUAUUUUAAAAAAGUAAACAAUCAGCAUCAUUACGCGAAACAAGAAAAUACAAUCAACCAUGGCCGGAGUCGAGGAGCAGGAGAAGCUGAUGGAGGACGCGAUCGGGGUCGUCAAAGUGCAGGCUCUGCAGAUGAAGCACUGUUUGGACAAGGCAAAGUUGAUGGACGCCCUGAAACAUGCCUCGACGAUGCUCGGCGAGCUACGCACUUCACUCCUCAGCCCCAAGAGUUACUACGAACUCUACAUGGCUAUCACUGACGAGCUCCGACACUUGGAGCUGUAUCUGCUGGACGAAUUUCAGAAGGGCAGAAAGGUGGCCGACCUGUACGAGUUGGUGCAGUACGCUGGCAACAUCGUGCCCAGGUUGUACCUCCUCAUCACCGUAGGCAUAGUGUAUAUCAAGACAAAUCCAUGCCUGAAGCGAGAUCUGCUGAGGGAUUUGGUGGAGAUGUGCCGAGGAGUUCAGCACCCUCUGAGGGGCCUAUUCUUGAGAAACUACCUGCUGCAGUGCACCAGGAAUAUCUUGCCGGAUAACUUGGAAGACAGCAAUACGGAUGAGGGAACUGUUAGGGACAGCAUUGACUUUAUUCUUAUGAAUUUUGCAGAGAUGAACAAGCUGUGGGUGCGUAUGCAGCAUCAAGGUCACAGCAGGGAACGAGAGAGGAGAGAGCGUGAGAGGGAAGAGCUCAGAAUUCUGGUUGGAACUAACUUGGUCCGGCUUAGUCAGCUGGAAUCCGUCACACUUGACAAAUACACAAAACUCGUUUUGCCUGGAAUACUGGAGCAGGUUGUCAGCUGCAGAGAUGCCAUCGCACAGGAAUACCUUAUGGAGUGCAUCAUUCAAGUCUUUCCAGACGAAUUCCACCUGCAAACCUUGAAUGCUUUUCUCAAGUCUUGUGCAGAGCUUCAAAAUGGUGUUAACAUAAAAAAUAUCAUUAUUUCUUUGAUAGACCGUCUUGCUGCAUUUAGUCAGAGAUCUGAUGGGGUAGGAGGUCCGGGAAGCCCAAAUCAAGUGUCUGGAAUUCCCCAAGAUAUACAGUUGUUUGAUGUGUUUAGUGAUCAGGUGUCAACCAUUGUACAGACAAGGCAGGAUAUGCCUUUGGAAGAUAUAAUAUCUUUGCAAGUAGCAUUAAUUAACCUAGCUUAUAAGUGUUAUCCUGAUAGAGUGGAUUACGUGGACAAAGUUUUGCUGAACACUCAUCAAAUAUUUCAGAAAAUUCACACGGAAACGCUGGAAUACAACAGUGCAGUUUCAAGGGAACUUUCAAGACUUCUCAAGAUACCAAUUGACAACUACAAGAAUAUGUUGACAGUAUUGAAAUUGAAGAAUUACAGACCACUUCUAGGCUACUUUGAUUACGAGGGAAGAAAAUUGUUGGCUAGCUAUAUUGUAGCAAAUAUACUCGACAAUGAAACACUUAUUCCAUCUCCAGAUCAAGUGGAUGCAAUUUUAUUAAUGAUUGCGCCACUUAUACAGGAUCAAGCUGAUCAUACCACUGAAGAUGAUCCAGAAGAGUUUGCUGAGGAGCAGGGAUUUUUAGGCAGGCUAAUACACUACUUCAAGUCAGAUGUUUCAGAUGAACAAUAUAUGAUUCUUAGUACUGCAAGAAAACAUUUUGUAACUGGUGGUAGCAAGAGAGUCAGGUAUACACUUCCACCUAUAGUUUUUCAAGCAUAUCAGUUGGCAUUCACAUACAAAAAUUUACAAGCAGAAGAUGAAAUGUGGCAGAAGAAAUGUCAAAAGAUUUUCCAAUUUUGUCACUCGACCAUUACUUUACUAAUCAAAGUUGAACUGGCUGAGUUACCUCUUAGGCUAUUUUUACAAGGAGCCUUGGCUAUUGGCGAAAUCAGAUUUGAUAAUUUUGAAAUGGUAGCUUAUGAGUUUAUAAGUCAAGCUUUUUCUAUUUAUGAAGAUGAGAUUAGUGACUCAAAGGCACAGUUUGCUGCUAUAACGCUCAUCAUUGCAACUUUUGAACAAAUGAAUUGCUUCGGCGAGGAGAAUGCAGAGCCUGUUCGAAAUCAGUGUGCCUUAUAUGCCAGUAAACUCCUGAGAAAGCCAGAUCAGUGUCGAGGUGUGGCUACUUGCUCUCACAUAUUUUGGUCUGGAAAGUCUCUGAGUACAGAUGGAAAAGAAAUGCAGGACAAGAACAAAGUAUUAGAUUGUUUGAAAAAAGGAAUCAGAAUAGCAAAUCAGUGUAUGGAUAUUUCUGUUCAAGUCCAAUUGUAUAUAGAACUUUUAAAUCAUUAUAUAUACUUUUAUGAAAAGGGUAACACUGCAGUCACCGUUCAGAUCUUAAAUCAAGUGAUCUCUAAAAUUAAAGAUGAAUUACCAAAUUUGGAAAUAAGUGAAGAGACUGAGCAAAUACAGAAGCAUUUUGCAAACACAUUAGAUCAUUUGAAAAAUAGGAUGGAAUCGCCAGAGGCAGAGGGGCAAUUGUAUGACGGACUUGUUUUGUAAUUAAUUUAAAGAAGGUUUACCUAAUAUUGUUAUAAUAUUUGUUUAACAAAGAAUAUAUAUAUAUAUGUAAUGUAAGAAAUCGACAUUUGAUUAAAAAAAAAAUAUAUUGAAAAAA